AUGAAGGAUUUGGCUGAUGAACUUGCCCUAGUUUAUGGAAUAGAAGACAAACUAAAGGGAGAGAUGAUGGAUCUGCAGCAUGGCAGCCUUUUCCUCAAAACACCAAAGAUAGUUUCUGGCAAAGACUACAUGGAUAUUUUGACAUAUGUGGCCUGGAAGCUAAGUGGCUUUCCUAAAUACUGUGUAAUUGGAAGUGGUUGCAGUCCGGAUUCUACCCAUUUCUGUUAUCUAAUGGGGGAGAGACUUGGUGUCCAUUAUUCAAGUUGUCAUGGAUGGGUCCUUGGGGAUCAUGGAGACUCCAGUGUGCCAGUACGGAGCAGUGUGAAUGUUGCUGGUGUGUCUCUGAAGAAUCUUUAUCCUACUUUGGGAGUUGAUGUUGAUUCAGAGAAUUGGAAAGAUAUGGUGAUCAAGCUGAAGGGCUGCACUUCCUGGGCCAUUGGCUUGUCUGUGGCAGAUCUGGCAGAAAGCAUUAUGAAGAAUCAUAGAAGAGUUCAUCCAAUUUCCACCAUGAUUAACGGCCUGUAUAGCAUUAAUGAGGAUGUCUUCCUAUGUGUCUUGGGGUGGAAUGGCAUUUCAGAUGUGGUGAAGGUAAACCUGAAUCUGGAAGAGGAGAGCCAUUUAAAAAAGAGCACAGAUACUCUUUGGGGAAUCUAG